UCCCGCCAUUUUCCUUUGGAAGCCCCCGAUGGGAGGUGGUGUCGUUUCGCGAUGAGGCGCUUUGCGUUUUCAGGUUAAGUCGUUGACGUUUGCGCCUGAUAAAGUAAGAACACAAAAAUGCUCAAGAUAUUGUCACUUCACGAUUUCGAGUGUCCUGUUUUGGACGAUACGGCAGCUGUCGGUUUGAUUGACAGUAUUGUACAUUAUUGCACCUAUGACAAGCUGCAUGAUGAGAUGCAACCUUUCUCCAAGUAUCUGCGUGGAUAUCCCGAGGUUUCCGUCACGCAAGAGAUCCUGGCUACCCGUGAAUCUGCGCGAGCGGUCAGCGCUAGAGAAUUAUUCCUGCCCGUUCACGAUAGCGUCUUCAAAAAGCUUGCAAAUGUAUGGAGAGAAAAAGGAUUGUCCGAAGCUAUUCGUUUCGCUGCAGCUGCAAAUCCAGAACAGAUCACAAAUGUUAUGCAUUGGGUGGCAACAAGAUUGAAUUGGACGUUAGACUUGAUGGAAAGAGGAAUUUAUCAGAGAGAUGUGUUACCAACAUCAGGAGCAGGAUCUGUUGCGGAUAUUGUUGCUACACGAGAUUGGAAUACAUCAUUGAUUAGGUGUCUGUCUUGGCAUCCGCACUGUGCACGUUUAGCAGUGGCUACGAGGGACGAUCGAAUUCGCAUUUAUUCGCAAGAUCUACUAGGUGUACCAGUACUGAGACAUAGUGCGCAAAAGUCAGUUUGCUGCUUAAGUUGGAGACCAUAUGCCGGCCGUGAAUUAGCAGCUGCAUGUUAUUCUGGAGUAUUAAUUUGGACAAUAGAGUUGGGAGCAGCCAGUAAUUUACUUAGCCAUGCGAUACUUUUAAAGCGAAGAAAUCACGUACCUGUUACAAGUGUUGUGUGGCAUUCACAAGGUGGUUUAUUGGCAUCUUGCUCGCCAACAGAUUUAAACAUAAUAAUUUGGGACGUUUCAAAGGAAGACGGGGUUCCUUUGAAACGUGUUGGUGGAGGUGGAAUAUGCUUUAUACAAUGGUCACCUUGCGGUUCACGAUUGUUGUCUGCUUCAUGUAGGAAUGUUUUUAGAGUUUGGAAUACUGGUGUUCCAACGCCAUGGCAUGGAGAAAGAUGGAUAGUUCCUCAUGGUCGUGUAGUAACUGCAUGCUUUGGUCCCAAUUUAACAUUACUCUUUGCUACUACAGAAGAUCCUGCUACGAUAUUUUCAUUGCCAUUGCAAGAUAAUAUAUUUGAUGUUAAAAAAGCAACUAAUAAUGAUGUAAAGAUAGCUAUGCGUCUAAUUGAUUUAACGAAAGUCAAUUUCUCAUGGGAUGAUAAUGAUUACAUCACAGUGGGAGGCAGAAUAGUUUCCAUGGAAUGGGAUCCAACAGGAAAAUAUCUUGCUAUUCUAUUCCAGGAUAGUCCAGUUAUUGCCUUAGUUAAAACAAGUGUAAGUAAAAUAUCGCGAGUAGUGGAAGUGCAACCAAGCUGUCUUAUCAAAGGGUUUCCUGGUGAGGUACCAAAUUGUAUUAAUUUUUAUGAAAAACGUUCAUCGUGGCUUUGUUUAACAAUAGCUUGGAACAGUGGACGCGUGCAACAUUUUCCGAUUGUUGAAAAUGAGUCUAAAGUUGACAUUACCACACAUUCUACACUAUUGUCUCAAUCUAUGAGAACAAAUGGCUCAUAUAAUAUUUGUGGUUAUAGGCAAUAGUGAAUUGUUAUUUCUAUAAUAUUGAUGAGAUAAUAAGUACGAUUUUCUAAUUUUUCAAAUUCGUAAAUG